AUAUUGAAGAAAGAUUUAGACCUUUUUAUUCAAGUCAUUAGGAAUUCGUAGAAGAGGAUGUGAAGAGUUUAAAGAAGCGGUAUCCGGAGCAGAGUGCAGUCGUGAAGAGAAUGCAGUCUCUCCAGCUGGACUGUGUGCCAGUGCCUCCGAGCAGGUCGAAUUCAGCCACGGAACAGCCCAGCUCCCUGCACAGUUCCCAGGGCUUCAUGACGGGUCCAGUGGAGGUGUCCUUUUUCUCUGCCUGCCCUGAGAUCUCGCAAGAAGAGAAUGAGCCCAGCCUGCAGAGUAAGCUCCAGGAGGAAGCCAACUACCAUCUUUACGGCAGCCGCAUGGACAAGCAGACGAGACAGCCGCCCAGGCAGAGUGUGGCCUACAGCAGAGAGGAGGAGAGGAGACGGAGGGUUUCCUAUGACCCUUUUGCUCAGCAGACACCCUAUGAAAAUGUUCAGAAAACAGGAAUAAAAGUCCACAGUUACCCUGGUACAACCAGUCAUAGCAAUGCAGCACACCAACCAACAGGACUAACCAGCCAACCCCAACUGCCAUAUUGGAACAAUGGAGUCUACAGUCUACAUGGUUUUGGAACAAGGCCUUUGGAGCCGGGAACAGCAGGUCAAGCAGUUUGGUAUGGGCCAAGUCUAAGCCCAAUGUCAAGUCUGUAUAAAACUCCAGUGCCUGAGACCAACCUACUAGGAAACACGCCCACCAUUCCAUUCAGCUCCUUGUCGCCAGCAGAAGAGUCUAUGAAAUGCACCAUAUACAACAGCAGUGGCAUUCAGCUUGGAGCCUGUAACUACAUGGAGAUCGGCGGGAUGAGCUCACCACCACUAGAAUGCUUGUGCACAAACUUACAGGAGCCAGCUUCUAAGUACCAAGCCAUCUUCGAUGACACCACGAGUCUGACGGACAAACACCUGAGCCCCGUCAGGGACAACCUGGGAAAACACUGGAAAAACUGUGCCCGGAAGCUGGGCCUCACCGAAUCGCAGAUCGACGAGAUUGACCAUGACUAUGAGCGAGACGGACUGAAAGAGAAGGUUUACCAGAUGCUCCAGAAGUGGCUGAUGCGGGAAGGCACCAAGGGGGCCACCGUGGGGAAGCUGGCCCGUGCACUGCACCAGUGUUCCAGACAGGAUCUCCUCACCUGUCUGAUACAGCUCAGCCAGAAGUAGCCCUGGGGCCGGGCGGGAGGUCCUGGCAGCGGGAGGCAGACGCCUCACUCAGCGAGGAGCCCAUUGCUAAGAGCUGCCCAGCGCGUCCAGAAUUCUGUUCGCACUGGGACGGGUUCCGUGUCGACAUGAAAAGCAUUUCCCGCACUUUCGGAGCUGCAGGAUGGGAAGAGAAAUCCUGGCAAGCGGAUUCCGGAAAGCAAGAAGACCUCUUCAUGGCCCAGAACCAGUCAGAAGCAGCUCCUGGUUGGCUUUUGAAAGGGAGAGAGAGAUACUUGAGGGAGAUCGCUUUCCAUUAUGCUAAUCAUUCUGUUUCCUGGAGUUUUGUUUGAGAAAGGAAAAAAAAAAUCAGAGCUCCCUUCUCCACACAGGCUUCUGUUAAAACCCAAGAACUGUGGGGUUCUACGUUCUGCUCAAUAGGCACUUCUGAAUCGCGGCCACAGUUCAUCUGCAGACGGCAGAGUCUGUUAACUUCACCGUCGAGCACUCUGUCGGUCACCGCAGGCUUUAUGAAUUGCACGCAGUCUCCUCUCCAUUAUACGCACUUGCACGUUAGCUGACUUUAUACUCAGUUAAUGGGUAAAUGAACCGAGGGUGUCCUGUGGAAUGCUGCGGGGCGGGGGAAGUCGGGCGGGGCGGGGAAAUCAUCAGGUGUUCCAAGAAACUGCUAACUGUGACGACUGCAGAAAGCCUUCGUUUUUUCCAGUUCUUCCCUGGUGUCCUGGUCUUUCUGCACAGCCCGGGUCCCUUGAGGAGAGAGUGGGUAUAUGAGGAGCAGUAAUCUCUGCCCCCAGGCAGGACUGGGGCUUGGGGACUGGUCCCUGGGGAGCCGCUGCCUCGGUUUGCCACAGUGUACUGUCGAGGUGCUUUCUCUGUGCUAAGAAGUAGACAAGGGACAGCGGCAGAGGCUGCUCACUGUGCCCUGGCACUCGGCCUUUCCGAGCCCACUGGAAACCGGGAGGCAAUGCAGGAGCCACAAACGGAAGGUGCCCAGGGCCCCCUGGACAGCGGGAAUGCCAUUGACCUCACUCUCCCGGGAAGGGGGGGAAGGGAACAGGGGUGGCCAUUCCAGCUGUCAGAACGGAUGCCGGGGUUCUGGGUUGAUAACGUGUUGGUUCUGAUUCUGAAUCCCCUCCAGCUCCAGCAGACACAGCCGGCCAGCCACACCCCCACCCCCAGAAGGAGGCUGCAAAGCAAGGUUUCUCCCUCAACACCCCUGGCAUCUUGAUCAGGAUAGCUCUUUGCCGUGGGCUGUCCCGUGGCUUGUGGGAUGCUUGGCAGCACCCUCGGCUUCCACCCACCAGGUGCCCUGAGUGCCGGUUUUCCCCGCCUCCUCCCCUGAGGUGUGACACCCGUCUCCAGAUGUGGCUCCGUGUUCCUCGGAAGGGCACAGCCGCCUCCGUGGAGAACAGAGCUCAGUCUCCUGUCCACACACAGAUCCGGGCUCACCACCCAGCUGCCACUCAGCGUUAGGCCUGCAGAGGGCAAAGAAAGUGCCCUGACUUCCCCAGCAAGGCCUGGGUGUUUCCCUUUAAAAACGAAUUCCCUGUACCUUCAUUCUGAUGGUGUUCUCAAGUCUCCACAUUCAGUGAUCAGUGUUAAGAGAGAGAAAUAAGAUUUUAAUGGACCUUCUAGAAUAAAAUGUUACACCUCUGAA